GACUGCGGACACAGUACAGGGGAUGACCAGAGACUGCGGACACAGUACAGGAGAUGACCAGAGACUGCGGACACAGUACAGGAGAUGACCAGAGACUGCGGACACAGUACAGGAGAUGACCAGAGACUGCGGACACAGUACAGGAGAUGACCAGAGACUGCGGACACAGUACAGGAGAUGACCAGAGACUGCGGACACAGUACAGGAGAUUUAUCCCAAGUGUUUCUUAUGGAGCGAAAUAUACGGUAAAUGCAGGACACCUUGUUGGGUCAGAUCUGUGUACAAUGUAAAGAGAGAGAGGGGGGGAGAGAGGAAGGGGAGAGAGAGAGGAGAGAGGGGGGGAAAGAGAGAGGGAGGA